AUGCUAAAUAAAUCAAUAAAAGUAACAAAAAAAGUAAUUAUCAUAAAUCAAAAGUAUUAUAUUGUAAUAUUGAUAAGAACUGAGACAAUAAGUGAGAAUACAAAUAUAAUAAAUAGAGAACCAUUAAAAAAUAGUUAAGAAGGGCAAAGGUUUGAUUAAAAGAAUUCAAAUUAAACAUAGAUGCAUAAUGGAUUUGAUGAAUGUAAAAAAUGUGUUUUAAGGAAAGAAAACUAUGAUUUGAGACAAUUACAUGAGAUGUUGAAUAUUUGUUAAAAAAACCAUUAGAAAAUGAAGGAGAUUAAAUCGAUAGUGGAUGUAUUAAAAAAUAGAACUAGUAAAUUGGAAUAGAAAUUGAAAUAGUAAGAAGGAUAGAGUAAAGUGAAGAGAGUCAGAAGAACUUCAACUUAAAUAGAAAAGAAAUAUAAAGUUUAAAUUUGUAAUUAUAAUUUAAAGUGUUAUGUAAAGAAUUGUGAGAAAUAUUAUGGGUCAAUGAUAUCAUUGAAUUUACAUAUGAGAAUAAAACAUAAAAGAUAGAGAAAUGUUUAGGAAUAAUAAAAAUGA